AUGGAGUACCGUACACCUCCAGAACUGUCCUUUAGUGGUAAUGUUGCACAAAACUGGAAAGAGUGGUAUCAACAAUUUAAUAUUUAUCUAAUAGCAUCUAAUAAAGAUGAAGAGAAUGACAUAAGAAAAAUUAAUAUCUUAUUGAAUUUAAUUGGUCCACAAGGGGUCAAGAUUUAUAAUAAUUUCAAAAAGAAAGAAAAAACUGAAUUUGACACGGUGAUACAAGCAUUCCAACAAUACUGCGAACCAAGAAAGAAUAUAAUAUUUCAAAGAUACAAAUUUGGAUGUUGUAUACAGCAAGAGGGCCAAAGCUUUGAUGAUUUUCUCACCGAAUUAAAAACACUAGCUGCUACUUGUGAAUACAAAGAAGAGGAUAACAUGAUACGAGACAGAAUAGUGUUUGGCGUUAAAGAUCCAGAAAUCAAAGAUAAACUACUAAGCAUAAGUAAACUGACGAUUGACAAGGCAGAAGAAAUAUGUAAAACCACAGAGGCAACAAAACUAGAACAAGUUGUCGUUGUUGUUCAAGAAAUGGCAACAUCAUCAGAUGUACAUAUGGUAAAAAUGAAGAGUACGGAUAAAGGGAAAGGUAAGAAUUUAACUAAGACUAAUAAUAACAAAUAUGUUAAAAAUAAAAAUGUAAAGGGAGAAUAUAGGAAAAGUGAUGGUGAUAAAAAUAAUGAGUAUAACUGUAAGAAGUGUGGUAGGAAACAUAAACCUAGAGAGUGUUUUGCAUUUGGUAAAAUGUGUAGUAUAUGUAAAAAGAUGAACCAUUUUGCUUUAGGAUGUAAGAAUAAAAACAAAGAAGAGAAAAAAGAGGUCCAUGAAACGCAUUAUGGAAGUGACGUUAAUAUUAUUCCGUGGGAACAUUUCAAGGAAAUUAAACCUCAACCACAGAUAAGAUCUAAUAAAUUAAAUGUUGAGUCGUAUAGAGGUCAUAAGAUAGAGAGCAUAGGAAAGUGUCAAAUUAAAUGUAUGAUAAGUCCGGAAUGUAUAGAUAAUGUUGAGUUUUUAAUAUUAAAACCGAGUCAACUAAAUAAGUGUAAAAACAUUAUUCCUAUAUUGGGUUUAGAAUCAUGUGUAAAAUAUGAUUUAAUAAAAAGAGUUGACAUGAUAAUUUCAGAAAAGGAAUCAUUCAUAAAAAAUAAUUUUGAUGUAUUUACUGGACUUGGUAAGUUUCCUGAGUUGUAUGAAAUACAGCUUAAAGAUAACGCUGAACCUCAACCAGCGCCUUAUAGGAGAGUACCACAUGCAAUUGUAGAUAGAUUUAUAAUUAAGUUAAAAGAAUUAUUAGAAAAAGGAAUUGUGUCUUAUGUUGAAAAGCCAACUGAUUGGUUAAACAACAUAGUUAUUAUAGAAAAACCAGACAAAAGUUUAAGAUUAUGUCUAGACCCACAACAUUUAAAUAAAAAUAUUGUAGAAGAAAAUUAUCCUAUUCCAACGUUAGAUGAAAUAACUCCUAGGUUGUUGAAAAAAAAUUUUUAUACAGUUCUUGAUCUUAAGGAUGGAUUUUGGCAAAUAGAACUUACAAACUCAUGUAAUAAUUUAUGUUCAUUUCCAAGCCCAUUAGGUACCCUUAAAUUUAAUAAAUUACCUUUUGGUAUUAAAACUGCACCAAUGGUGUUUCAAAAAUAUAAUAUAAAAUAUUUUGGUGAUAUUCAAGGUUUAACAAUUUAUUUUGAUGACUUCAUUAUAGCAGCAGAUAAUAAGGAAGAGCACGAUAAUAUAUUAAAGCAAGUUAUUGACCGCGCUAGGAAGUACAAUAUUAAAUUUAAUCAGAACAAAGUUCAGUAUUGCCAGAAUAAGGUAAAAUUCUUAGGACUUUUAUUUGAUAGUAAGGGUAUGUCCAUUGACACAGAUAGGACAGAGGCAAUAAAAUCCCUUAAAGAACCAACUUCCAAAAAAGAACUUCAAAGGUUACUUGGUUUUAUUAAUUAUGUUAGGAAAUUUGUUCCAAAUUUAGCAGAAAUGUCUGAUCCGCUAAGAAAUUACUAA